AAAAAAGAGUAACAAAUACUGGUGGUUAAAGGUUUAAUCUUUGUCGUGAUCUAAAAUCUGGUUUAGAGGUCUGGUCAGUUGUGGUUGCCGCGUUGAACUUUAAUCCUUGAGACUGUUUUUGGCAUAGGAUUUACUGUUACAGUUGGGAUUUCAUUUUGACUUUUGCUAAUAGUGUUUAGUUCCGUAAUACUAUGAGACUUCUCUAACGUAACUUAGGCAAACCGUUCCCCAACAAAUUAAGGUUAAGGUCAUAGGUCCAACUCAGUCACCGCACAUCCCGUACCAAAUGGCCGAGUUUAAUACGUCAAUCUGCCUAUGGGUCUGUAUUUCAGAUUCAGCCCCAAUGCAUGUACAAAUAAUUGGAUAACUAUAUUCGCAUAAUUACAUUACAGAAUAUCCCAAAUACCCAGUAUUUUUGGACGUCUUAAACUCGGUGCAGUCUCUUAUUCUCUAUGCAGUGUCUUAUUUAAACAAAACUAUCUUUUCCAAAGCAAAGCAACACUUCCUUGACAAGGCAAAUCACUGAUUAGCACUAUUCUGUACUAUGCUUUUUUCCCCUUGAUGAAAUAUUUUAUGAGCUCACUCACCUCACGGCUUGCUUAUUUACGGUUCAAUUCUACAUUUGACUAUUACUUUAGAAUUUUGGGAUCCCUUCUACGUAGGGAAUUUGUUUCUUUGUUUGGCGAUUGACUAUGAGGCUGCCUACUUUUAGGGAAAUUUCAAGGAUUGGGUUUGAAAUUGCUUUUUGGGACUGCUGCUUUUAGGGGCAGAUUUUGGGUAAAACUUCAGAUUGGCUUUUGACCUUUCGUUUAGUGAAUUAGUGAAUGCUUGCCAAGUUAAAUGGUUCAUAAUUACCUUAAACACAUUAAACCUCACUUUUUAUUUUGUGUGGACAUAAUAUGCAAUCUUUCUGGCUAUAUUAAAUGCUUAUUCUCUUUUAAUAAAACUUUCCUUCUUCAUCUAUAAAAAUUAUGACAGCAUAGACACACCUGAGAGAGAUGCUGCUUGGGGAAAAAGUAGGAGAGAAACUUAGUUUUGGUUGACUCCAAUUACCCUGAGUUGGUUGGCUCAAUCUUAGAAACCAAAGACAAGCUAUGGGAAAUCGAGUUCAAGGCCGCUACAAUCUUCGUGCAAGUCUAAUAAAUCUAAUGUUUUUUGGAUGAUGAGUGAAAAAUUAUUUUAGACUCCUUACUUAUAGUUAAGGGAUAUGAUUAAAGUACAAAAAAAUACCAUGAAUUCUUGUCUAAAUGAAUUGAAAGUAUGAAGCAUAUAAACAUACAAGAUCAACUUAUAAACUCCAUGUGAAAUGACCCUUCUUUAACUUCUAGAUCUGUUUAUGCAUGUCUUUGUGUUAUUAAGGAUAAUUUUGUUACUUAUCUGCAUGCACUCUUUUUCUGAAUUGAAGUAUGAAUCCUACAUAAAGAACUGUAGGAUUCAUCAACCAGCGUCUAUAUCUGAUCAAGUUAGUACUGCAUCUCUGUCCUCAGUAUCCACCAAAGAACCAUUCAUCAAAGAUUUGGAGGCAAGGCUCCAUAAUAAGGAUGAAGAGAAUCAUGACCUCAGGAGACCUAUGGAUAUUUAAAGUAUGUUAAAUACAAUAGAGAUAGGGAAAUCAUUUCAUGGAGAACAACCAUCCACUCCAAAUAAUGAUGGUCAACUUGACGAGAUGCUUUCAAAGACACAGACACAUUGGGUUGUUAAGACAAACAAGCACAUGUUUUGGCUGUUGGAUGAUUUUGGCUAUAUUAUUGAAGUGAGUAUGCUACAAGAACUCGUAAAUGUUCGAGCCUCUACUGUUUUCUUAGAUUGGACAUGCCAAGACAAUGAGUGUUAUUGCACCAAGUCUGCAAAUGUAGAGAGAGGGUGAAUAAUGGUGAAGCUCAGGUUGCUGUUGCAUAUAAAUUUGUCCAAGCAAAAUUGCUAAGCUUCCCACUAGCAAACACCACCAAGGACUUAUUGCCAUUAAACAUCAUCACUGCCAGUGAACACCACCAUCAGCAUCAGAGGCUGUUGCAAUCCAUCUCUGAUCACAGCCGCUGUCACCCACCACCGUUCUUGACAGUCUUCGCGAGUGACAAUGUGGACCCCACGCCAACCAUCACCUCUAACCAUGCUAACAUAGUUUAUGAUUGCCACUACCUAUUCCCAGCCAUUGCUGCCACCAGCACCUCUAACUCUGUUCACCACCUCAACGCAUCCUCACACUGCACAUACCAUAAAGUAAAUGUGUGGGCAAACAUGAUUUCCAUACUA